GGCGCCGCGAGAAACGCCCUAAAGAGGAGGGAGAGAGGGAGGGAGACCGCGGCUCCGGAGAGCGAGAGCGAGCUGAAGCUGCCUGCCGGCGGAGAGGAGGAGCGGGGCGAGGACGAGGAGGAGCGGGGCGAGGCGCAGGCGAGGCUGAGACCCGGGGCGCGCGCACUUCUCCGCAAAGUGCCAACUUCCCGGGAGAGUGCCGGGCGCGCACCUUCUGGGCGCGGGGAAAAGUCAGCGGCAAUCUGAAAUCUUAGGGAAGAAAGUCGGAUCCCCCCCCCCCUCCCGUCCCCUUUUCCCCUGUUACUAAUCCCCAUUAAAAAGACAAACAACAAGAAUAACAGCAAACUUGCCAUAAUCCUGUCUGACCCCCACUCCUGGCACCAUGAAGGCGGCCGUCGAUCUCAAACCGACUCUCACUAUCAUCAAGACGGAAAAAGUCGAUCUGGAGCUUUUCCCCUCCCCGGAUAUGGAAUGUGCUGAUGUCCCACUGUUAACUCCAAGCAGCAAAGAAAUGAUGUCUCAAGCGUUAAAAGCUACUUUCAGUGGUUUCUCUAAAGAACAGCAACGACUGGGAAUUCCCAAAGACCCCCGGCAGUGGACAGAAACCCAUGUGCGGGACUGGGUGAUGUGGGCUGUGAAUGAGUUCAGCCUGAAAGGUGUGGACUUCCAGAAGUUCUGUAUGAAUGGAGCAGCUCUCUGUGCGCUAGGGAAAGACUGCUUUCUCGAGCUGGCCCCGGACUUCGUCGGGGACAUUCUGUGGGAACAUCUCGAAAUCCUGCAGAAAGAGGAUGUGAAACCAUAUCAAGUUAAUGGAGUGAACCCUACCUAUCCAGAAUCCCGCUAUACCUCGGAUUACUUCAUUAGUUAUGGUAUCGAGCAUGCUCAGUGCGUUCCUCCCUCGGAGUUCUCAGAGCCUAGCUUCAUUACAGAGUCCUACCAGACUCUCCAUCCCAUCAGCUCAGAGGAACUCCUCUCCCUCAAGUAUGAGAACGACUACCCCUCGGUCAUUCUCCGGGACCCUCUGCAGACAGACACUUUGCAGACGGACUACUUCACCAUCAAACAAGAAGUUGUAACCCCAGACAACAUGUGCAUGGGGAGGACCAGUCGUGGUAAGCUCGGAGGCCAGGACUCUUUUGAGAGCGUGGAGAGCUACGACAGUUGUGACCGCCUCACCCAGUCCUGGAGCAGCCAGUCCUCUUUCAACAGCCUGCAGCGCGUCCCCUCUUAUGACAGCUUCGACUCAGAGGACUAUCCAGCCGCCCUGCCCAACCACAAGCCCAAGGGCACCUUCAAGGACUAUGUGCGUGACCGUGCUGACCUCAACAAGGACAAGCCUGUCAUUCCUGCUGCCGCCCUGGCGGGCUACACAGGCAGUGGACCAAUCCAGCUGUGGCAGUUUCUUCUGGAAUUACUCACUGAUAAAUCCUGUCAGUCUUUUAUCAGCUGGACCGGAGAUGGCUGGGAAUUCAAGCUUUCUGAUCCAGAUGAGGUGGCCAGGAGAUGGGGAAAAAGGAAAAACAAACCUAAGAUGAAUUAUGAGAAACUGAGCCGCGGCCUCCGCUACUAUUAUGACAAAAACAUCAUCCACAAGACAGCGGGUAAACGCUAUGUGUACCGCUUUGUGUGUGAUUUGCAGAGCCUCCUCGGGUACACGCCCGAGGAACUCCACGCCAUGCUGGACGUCAAGCCCGAUGCCGACGAGUGAUGGACACCAAAGGGGUCGGGGCACCUCUGCUGAGACAUUUCGAAGAACAACCACGUCGGUCGGACUCUUAAUUUUUAAUUGUUAUUCUAUUUUUAAUUUUCCAGAACUCAUUUUUUUUACAUUCAGGGGUGGGCGCUAAGUGGGCUGCAGCUAUAAUCAAUUGUGCGCAGUUGGAAAAGGACGGCCAGGACUUGAGGGGUGGGGGGGACAAGAAAUUCUUGAGCAAAUUUUCAGGACAGAGAGAAGGGUCUUCUUAAGAAGCUUGAAGAAUCUGGCUUAAGGGAGGAGACUAAUGUGUCCCAUUAUUUUUAAAAGUCAUCCGUGAAAACAAUGCGUCUCGAGUGGUGGACCUAUUAGCAAAAGAAGUUGACACGUCAGGAGUCAUGAGACCCAUGAGAGACAAUUUAUUUGCUUUUGUUUUUAGGUCUGGGAGGGCAAAAAAGAGGGAGGUGGGAUAAAACAUUUUGUUUGGGGGAUGCACUAAAAACCAAGGACUAUUUACCUUUUACUCUACUUUGAAAACAAAGAUAGACUUCAGUGGGGAGGGUCCAAAACUGUUUUUGUGUUAAAAUUUUAUUUUAUUAAAUUUUGUGCCAGUAUUUUUUUUCUUAAAAAAUCGUCUUAAGCUCUAAGGUGGUCUCAGUAUUGUGGUUUCAUGCGAGUUUGUUUUUAUUUGCCGACUGAGGAUUCUGUCACAGUGAAAGGAAACUGUUUAUAUAGACCCCACUGGAAACGCAAAGUGCUGUCACUCAGAUCGGGGAUCCCAAAUUCAUGUGACUUCUAUAUGAAGGAAAAAAAAAAACCAAUGCUGAUUUGGGUACAAGGGACCUGUGCAUGUGAAUUUCAUCUGUAUUUUAAAAACUGAUCACACCUCUCUACUUACUUGUCAUUAGUGGAUUCUCGGGGUUUGGGCUUAACGUUGAGUUAAGAAGCAUUAAGUCUUUGAACUGAAUGUAUUUUGCCGCCCUGGUUUUGGACCCCAGUAAAUGUAGGAGCACUGUUGAAGUCAUAGAAUGGAUAUCGAAGGAGGAGGACUGACUUGGUUCUUAAUGGGUUCUAUACCUGUAACAUACAGAACUUGGAAGAAAAGCUGUGUGCACGGGCAUUAUCCCUCAGGUCUUAAGAAGUAAGUCCUGAAUGCAUGUCAUUGUAAACCCUACACUUCCUCCUUUAUGUCUGAUUUUCCCGGCAUCCCAUACUUACUGCUUACCCCCUCGUCCCGCCCCCCCCCCCCCCAUGACUCAGUAGAGAGAAAUGUACAGCUUUCCAAUUGGUGAGUGAAAGAGGAGUGGCAGACGUGACGUGAGUUGAAGAGUGUCGGACAAAGCCAUUUAGACGUACUGAGUUUGGGGAACAGUGGAGACUAGGGUUGCAUAGGAGUAAAAAUGUGGCUUGGCCGUCUUUGAGAGAAGUACAAGGCUUUCCUUUGAAGAGUUUGAGCUAGUUGAGUCAGACGUCAGGUGAGGCUGUGCAUGCAGAGUGAACAGUGCAGACACUAGGAGAGCCCUGUGCUUGGAUCAGGGUUAAGUGAAGGGUAAUAAUUGCAGAAGAGAGAAAUGAAGGCAAAGGAAACAUAAGAAAAGGAGCUUGGAAAAAUAAGGUGGUCUGUGAGAUUCGAAUAUGCUAUACUAAAAACUAUAGUUUUUAGUUCCUCCAAAGUUUAACAAGAAACUUAAUCACCUGGGGCAGUGGUGAAGGGUGGUCUGAAAAAUGUGUGGAUUUUUUAGGGGGGAGGGAAACCAGCAUCUAACCAGUGAGGAAAAGUGCCUAAUACAGUUGAACCCCGGCCCCCCACCAUAGAUGCCUGAUUUAAAAAUAUUUUUAAGUGUUUAUUUGUUUUUGAGAGAGAUACAGAGUGCAAGCGGGGGAGGGGCAGAGAGAGGGGGAGACACACACACACACACACACACACACACACACACACACAGAAUCUGUAGAGGCUCCAGGCUCUGAGCUGUCAGCACAGAGCCCAACGUGAGGCUCGAACUCACCAACUGCAAGAUCAUGACCUGAGCCGGAGUCGGAUGCUUAGCCGACUGAGCCACCCAGGCGUCCCAUAGAUACCUGAUUUAAAAGGAUGAUGAUAGAGAGUUAGCUCUCUCGGACCAGUGGGCAAGGCGAAGAAACAUUUUAGGUGGGUUUCUCAGGGGCUAGCCCUUCUUGGGAUCUGGCUGAGAAACAGGAGGUACUAACUACCUGCUGGCUUAUCUUCGAGAACGUGGAUUGUUUACUCCCAGGUCCUCUUACAGACCCUGAAUGAUCAGGAACUUAGCUCUGUGAUUCAUGAGUUUCCUCAUACUGAUAAAUCAGAGCAUCCACUUGGAAAGCAAAAGCAGAAUUGGCCCAGCUGUGUAUUUUGAUCUUCUUCCGGAUGCAGGUGCCUUAAUGAAGCUCUCGAAAUAUUUUAGGAGCUGCUCAGGGAGUAUUAGGCGGAACUGUUGGACUACAUUGUUUUCUCUUAGAUCAUGUGAUCUUUCUUGGGCACUGGCAAAGGUGUGUGUGUGUGUGUGUGUGUGUGUGUGCAUGUGUGUGUGUGUGUGCUUGCAGACAUGCAAAACUACAGCUGAUAUAAUACCUGAGUUUUUCAGUUAAGUCUUUCCACAUUUCAGUAAUGAACAGGCAAGAGUAGAACCAAGGCGGGACAUCGGUCAUCGCUUGCUGUUCGCAACCAGGCAUAACAUCACUUUCUCCGUGCAUCAACCUUUCCUGUUAAAUUUGUGCUGAAAACUCCCCUUGUGUGAGUGUGUCUAAGUCCUGCAAUCAUUCCAUAGCAGAUAAGAGAUAAGAAAGUGCCUCCUUAAUGCUCCUCAGCCCGCUUGUUUGCUAAGAUGCCUUUCUCUCGAGGUCGGCCGUUUUCAGUAUUUGUAGAUAGUGUGCUAGUUAAGACAGCUUUGUCGAUCUGGCCAGAUGCUUUUUCUCCUUCUGUCCGGAGGCCAGAGACCAUCCCAGGAAGAGUGGUGGGUGGUUUAUACACUGGAAAUGUAGCAGAAUUGUUGCAUUUAUGCUUUUUAAAAACACAUUAACUUCAGAGGAAGGAUGGGCAAAUCUGGUUUAGCUGGUGAAACCCUUAUUUUCCUGGAGAUGCCUUAACCCAUGUUGGUUUUGGCUGUAGGGUUCAGGGUCACUUUUGUUUCCUUCUCCAUGCAGGGGAGGGACUUCCCUACACAGAGCCCUGGUUUUGUGGCUUUGGGGAUCGGAGGUAGCAUUCAAAGAUCAGAUAUGCUUUUCCUCACUUUGGAGAUGAACACUCUGGGUUUUAAAGCAUUAACCUGCCUAAUCUUCGUGGUGAAAAUUAUACCUUCUCUGUUCUAGUCAUGCUGUGCAUGCUGCUUUCUGUUGGGGUCUAUAUAAAUGUGUUGAACUCAUAUCUACAUUCCAAAGAAAUUUCAAGGAACCAUAAAUAUAUGUAUACAUAUACAUAUAUAAAGUAUAUAUAUUAAAAUGAAAUUAUCUCUAUCAGGAAUACUGCCUCAGUUAUUGAACUUUUUUUAAGAAUACUUUUUUUUUAAGCUGAGAAGUAUAGGGGUGAAAAAGAUGUUAUAUUGUGUUUGACUAUUUUCCAACUUGUAUUUUCAUAUAAUUUAUAUUUUUUAAAAGCUGAAAAUUUAAAAGCAAGAUGAAAAAAGGAAAAGCAGGUGCUUUUUAAAAAUCAGAACUGAGGUAGCUUAGAGAUGUAGCGAUGUAAGUGUCUAUGUGUUUUUUUUUUUUUUUUAAAUGCAAAAAAAAUUUAUUACAGGGGAGUUUUUUUGUUUGUUUAUUUUAGUAGCUGAUGCUGGCACAUCAUUUUGCUGGAGAGUUUUUUAUAUACUGUAGCCUGAUUUCAUAUUGUAUUUUAAACUGUGUGAGAUUAAAAACAAAGAAAUUCAUUCAUAACAA